ACAACAUGUGGCCACUGUCGUAAAAAAUGGACCGUCGCUUUACGGUAAUGUGUACUGACUGGAUCCGGCAUGGCGUCGUCAGUGAUUUGCAGUGAAACUCAAAGCAGGGUGAGUUCAGUCUUAAACAGGGAUGUGAAGCAGUAUGGAAAGAAGUUCAUGUUUGACUGCAAUGAGGAGACAUGUUGGAACUCAGACCAGGGUGAAUAUCAGUGGGUGUCUCUAGAGUUUCCCCAGUCGGUCAAGGUGUCAGAGUUAAAGGUCCAGUUCCAGGGAGGCUUCUCAGCCAAAACAUGCAGACUUGAGGGUUGCCCGAAAGAUGGAAACUUUACAUUGAUCAGCCAUUUUUAUCCAGAGGAUGACAACUCUCUUCAGAGCUUUCCCAUACAGGAGGCCCCUGCAGUGGACAAAGUUAAAAUAAUGUUUGAGAAUAGUGCCGACUUUUUUGGGAGAAUUAUUGUUUAUUCCUUGGAAGUCCUGGGGGAAAAAGCCUUAUGACCAUUUUUUAACCCUCUCAUGAGAGAGGAAAUGACCCUAAAGUAAAGUACAGGAUGGUGUGGUGGCACAUCUGUACUGGCACCUCUUGAACUGUUGUGAAUGUGGCCUUUUUUGGUAUGGACUCUUUAAGGGACAUGUCAAGCCAUCUCGCGGCUGAUGACAUAAUCAGAGGAGGCUUGAUAAAGAGCCUCAUGUUGAGUUUCAUUUGCAGAAUUUACAGAUUUCAUCACACUCUGUAUGGUUCGUUUGUGCCUUUUGAGUUGAAUCACCAUUCCAGUGGAACACACAAUAUAAAAAUAUAUUUUUAUUAAAACGUAUCUCAGCGAAACAGAAAAAAUCUGUUAAACAACUUUUGUAUUUAGUCUUUGAUUUUACAUUGUCAUGUAUACAAAUGGAAUAAACUGUUCAUAAAAUAAAAAAACACUGUUCACUCAGUGUUAAUCUCUCUACGCA